CCUCUUCCCCCCAAGAAGAAUAGGUCAAUCAGGUUUGACAAUUUCUUAUAAAAAGCACAAUUGCAUUGCAACUGACUUGGUUCUUGCAAUUGACUCCCAUUCAUUCCCUGUUCCUCCUUCUUUGCAUACUUUUCAAACACAUUCCACCCAUCUCUGCCAUUUCUUUUUCCCUUUUAUAGUGCAUCGGGCAUACUAUCUGCCUAUCUCUCUAUCAGCUUCUCUCUCAUCCGCCCACCAUGUCGUUCUUCAUUGAAAACCCUAAUGUCGGAGACAGAACCUCUCUGGAAGACUCGAGAAUUCGAGGCUACAACCCCCUCACUCCCCCCAAUCUUCUUCAACAUGAGAUCGCCUUGACGGACAAAUCGAGACAAACGGUCCUCGAAGGUCGUGAGGAAGCCACAGCUAUUGUCCAAGGCACGGAUACCGAUCGACACCGUCUGCUGGUCGUCAUUGGGCCAUGCUCGAUCCACGACCCAGAGAUGGCCCUCGAAUACUGCGAUCGGUUGAUGAAGAUGAAGGAGAAGUACAAGGAUGAGCUGUUGAUUGUCAUGCGUUCUUACCUCGAAAAGCCCCGGACCACUGUAGGCUGGAAGGGCCUGAUCAAUGACCCCGACAUCGACAACAGCUUCAGAAUCAACAAGGGCUUGCGCGUUUCCCGCCAACUCUUCGUCGACCUCACCAACAAGGGCAUGCCCAUUGCCAGCGAGAUGCUUGAUACCAUCUCCCCACAGUUCCUGGCGGACUGCCUGUCGGUUGGAGCAGUAGGUGCUCGCACCACCGAAUCUCAGGUCCACCGGGAGCUGGCCUCAGGUCUGUCCUUCCCCGUCGGUUUCAAGAACGGCACCGACGGCUCGCUCGGCGUGGCUGUCGAUGCCAUCGGCUCUGUCAAGCACCCCCAUCACUUCCUUUCCGUCACUAAGCCCGGUGUUGCCGCCAUUGUCGGCACCGUUGGCAACCCGGAUUGCUUCGUCAUCCUCCGUGGUGGCACUAAAGGUCCCAACUACGAUGCACAGAGCAUUGCGGAAGCAAAGGCGAAGCUGGCUGCCCAAGGCCUGCCGCCCCGUCUAAUGGUUGACUGCAGCCACGGCAACUCGCAGAAGAACCACAAGAACCAGCCCAAGGUUGCCGCCGUCCUGGCCGAGCAGAUCGCUGCUGGCGAAACGGCUAUUAUGGGCGUGAUGAUUGAGAGUAACAUCAACGAGGGCAACCAGAAGGUCCCUCCGGAGGGCAAGGCCGGAUUGAAGUACGGUGUCAGUAUCACCGACGCCUGCAUUCACUGGGAGGACACUGAGCUUGUGCUGGAAAACCUGGCCCAGGCUGUGCGCACGCGCAAAGUGAAAUUGACCGCAUCUCAGUGAGCGGUUCGCCGGUCUCUUGUCUCUUAAUUGACGUUCUUGUAGCCGAAGCACGAUUUAAUGGGUUUUCAAAAGGGGGUAAAAAAAGUGAUAUAUGGUUCUGGUGGCAUCUUUUACACUUUUGCGGCGGGUCAUAAACUAGCUAAUGAAUAUCAAUGAAUACCAUUCUGUAC